CUGUAAAACGAGCAGAUGUCAAGUACCAGAACGGGCAGUAUACGAAACUGCUCCGUGAGAACAAGAUGUCGCAACUCUGGGCCUUUGCUUUGCUUCUCUUUGUGGGCUUCAUCCUGUCCAGCAGUGCAUCACACAUGUGCCUGAGCUCCAAUCUAUGUGUUCCCAGGGAAAAUUGUCGCGAGGAGGAGCCUUUCUUCGACUUCAGUUCCACAAUCAUUUGCACCGACGCAGAAGUGUGCUGCGAAAAGUCAAAUGUGAUCGGCAUGAGUAUAAGUGCUGCACAAUAUCCAGUGCACACGAGUAAUCCAAAUGGUUUGGACGAAAACACCAGGAUAUAUAAUGACCGAAGCAAGCCGAAUCAAUUUCCCUUUGUGAUGGCAUUGUUCGGCAAGGGCAUUUACCUCGGAGGGGGAUCUCUGAUUACCCCGGGUCUGGUGCUAACCGCUGCCCACAUCUUGGUGCGUUUUUUCCCCCAUGAUAUCACGGUGAGAGCUGCCGCUUGGGAUCUGUCAUCCAGUGAGAAUGUAGCUCCACCGUUGGAUCGCCAAGUGAUUAGGAUCCUGCCGCAUGAGGCAUUUAACUACAGCAGCGGAGCCAACAACUUGGCGCUUCUCUUUUUGGAUUCGCCUUUCGAGUUGGGGGCCAAAGUCCAGACCAUAUCCUUACCCAUUCCGGGCACGAGUUUUGCGCAAAGGAUCUGCACGGUCGCCGGUUGGGGUAGGAGAUCAUUAGCCGACACUGAAGUUCAACCCAUCCAACAGAAGGUCGACUUGCCCGUAGUCGAUAACUCGAAAUGCCAGAGACAGCUGAGAAAAACUAUACUGGGUUCGGACUACCAGUUGCCCCCCAGCUUGAUGUGUGCCGGCGGAGAGGAGGGCAGAGAUGUCUGCCUCCAGUUCGGAGGAUCCGCCCUCUUCUGCUCCAUGGGAGGGAAUCCCAAACGCUACGAGCAGGCGGGCAUCGUAAGCUUUGGCAUUGGAUGCGGCCAGAGAAAUGUUCCCGGCACCUUCACCCAGGUGUCCAGGUUCAGGGAGUGGAUCAAUCCGCACCUGGAGCAAGUGCUUAGCGUGCUAAUUUAGCGUUCUAUCAUGUCAAAACAUCCUUAAACAUUCUCGUGUAUUUAAAUGUUUUCAAAAUAGCUUUCUAACAUGUCAAAACAUCCUUGAACUAACAUUCUCUUGUAUUUAUAUAUUUUCUGAAUUAAAGUUCAAUCAUCUUCACUCUCA